GUGAAUUAUGGAGUGUUGCUAUUACAAGCGUUAUUAGAACAUUGGCCUGAGACCUUUAGUGGGAUCGGAGAUGAAGGAGAUCAAGAACUACCAAGAGCUGACUCACCAGGUUUGGUCACAAUGCCAUGGUUUAGAUCAUAAUCCCACGGUGCUUUCCACGGAUUUUUCCCGUAUAACAUUUGGGUAUUAUUGCUAAGGAGAUUUGGGUUCAAAAUGGUGACAAAAAUCAAGUAUGGUAAUCAGCGAUGUUUUCCAGGGAAACAGCCUGUAGAUAGAUGGAAAUCAAAGAACUCAUAGGCUCUACUAAGUCAAGGCCCACAUAAAACCUAAGAAUUGUUGACUAUGGUUAUUUCUCAAGAUAUUCGAUAAAUUUCAUUUACUUUGAAGGACCUAAUACUUUAUCUCCACAGAAAGCGGAGAUGCAAGUGCUAGUGAAGUAAACCUUAACCUUGAAUCUGUGAGUAGUUUAUAGAGCAGCUUUUAUCUUGUUUCUUAGUGGCUUAGUCAGUUUUGCAUUGCUACCCUUUAUGAUUGGAUAAAGAUUUCGUGCCAGUUUCUCAACCAAUCAGAUGAUAAAACCAAAACCAUUGUUAUUUGUCGCGCGCGUUUUUUCACUCAUGGCAGUCCUCAUGGCAUGGCGUCGGCAACAUUUUCCCGCGCUUUUUUGUGUACGAUAAAUUUUCCCUUUGUUUCUUGUUGAUUUAUUUAGUUCCUUGCCGGCUCAUAUUACUGUUGUUUAAUACUGAAACAGGCAGCUCUCCUCACAAUAUUUUUUCAAACCGAUUUACAUGUUCAAGUUCGUAUAGUACUUGAUGUGCUGGAAUCGCUUCGUGUAAAUAAAGCCACAACUAGCUUUCGAAGUAUCAAUACUUAUCCAAUACCUGUCGUAGAACGCACAAAGCGAGAAAGUAUGGAAGAGGAAAGUGAGGGAUAACAUGUAAUAACUGGAAAUGAAUGUUUCAAUGUCAUAUUAAACGAAAUUACGCAAAAGGAAGGUGGAGGGAAGAAGACGGCACAACAUGUGUGACAAGCGUGACAAUAUUGUCCGCAAAAUUUCACCUUUCUUUAAAAAGAAGUAGAAGAACACAUUAAUUAUGUCAUCUGGGCAACAAUGAUCGCCUUUUAUAAAACUCUCUGACGUGGCAAACAUAGUCGCCAACCCGCAGCCGUAGUUAGAAACGUGUAUCUUAAGGUCACUAAUACUUAAUGAAUAUCACGACAAAACACGCAAUAGCCCUGUCUCGUUUGUCACAUCUAAACGUUUUGCGGUUCUCCUCUGCAUCCCGUCCUGUUGAGUAAGCUCACUAUUGUGUUUUGGUUUGGUUUAACAGCGUGUGUUAACUGGAAAUGGAUUCUAUAGUGUUCCUGAACACACACCAUUAAUAUUCAACGAGUGUAGCGGAACAGGACGAACCUUGUUUAGAUUGCUGGUUUCUGACGCAUCUGGCGAGAAUGAAGGAUAUCUGCUUCCCGAGACCGUACCGCUCUGGGUUGUGGAUGUUACUGUCAAGGUAAGGAAAGAAGAAGUCAUUGUGGGAACGAAAUGUGAACUUCUCUGGGCAAAACUUGAAGUUUAUUCAUCACCAAUGCUGGUGACGGGAUAAGCAGGUUAGAAUUAGUGCGAGCAACCAAGAGCAGGCCUCAGAUCUUUAGGCCCCAGUUGCUGAAAGGGUGGAUAACGCUCUCUAGUGGUUAAAUCUCUGUCCGCUGGAUAGUGAUUUAUCCGGUGGAUAGCGCUAUCGACAGUUGAAUAACAGGCCCGGGGUUGAUCAUCAUCUAGCAUGCGCGGGCUGUUAACCUUGGAGCAUUUUCACGUGUUUGUGGCGGACUGCUGGCUAGGACAUGUCAAACACUCGGAAAAAGCAAAGGAAAGAAUGCUUGGAAGCCCGAGGCAGCCAGAAGGAAAUUCUAGCAACAUCAAGGAGAAGGGUUUUCGCUUCUAAGAUGAUGGGGAGUUUUAUGGACAAGGGCUAGUGCCCGCACGCGGUUUGAAAACAAGAAAAUAGUGUCACGUAUCAUGUGUGUAUACUUUUUAAUUCCCGUAACCCACGCCUUUAGGAAAAACAAAGUUCUUUGUGGGGGAAGUGCAACCUGUCAUAACAUCUUUGGACACGCGAGGAAAUUAGGCGUGAAAAUGCACUUGGCUAAAUCAGCUCGAAUUCUACUUCUUGUUUUUGUAAAGCCUAUUUCUGCUGUCCUCAUCUCCCUCAAGCAAUGUUGAUUGUGUUGAAAAAGACGUGGAUGCAUAACGUGAACACUGCAUUUGGGGAGGGGGGGGAGGGGGGGGAAAUGCGUCAUUUUGACGUAGGCCUAAUAGAAAGGUUUUUACAUGUAUUAACCCAUCAGUUAACCGUUCGCCUUAGAUUAUUUGUGAAAUAAUCUUUGAUGAUAUUGUAAGCUGUGUUAUCUUUCCACAGAAACUGAUGCCUAAAUUUAACAAGAUUGCAUUUUUCUUGUCACCGCACUCUUCAAGUUCUUCAAAAGCGUUAAAGAGGUAAAGCUUGAUACUAUAAUAGUUAAAAUCAAAUACUGAGGCUAUAAUCACACUAUCCCGUAUGGUUUUCGUGCAUGCGCUAAAGCUCUCCGGUGUAGUAUGAACACCUAUCCGAUAUGUGACUCUCCACUUUUGACAUCGGCGCGGCGCAGCUUCGCUCCGUUACAGAAACCGCGCCGAAGUCUCGGUUCUUAUGUGAGAACAGAAGCCCUAUCUCAUAUUGCUUUCAUGCCGGCCCAAAAUCUAUCCGGUAUAGUGUAAACGUGUCCUUAAUGCACUCGCGUUGUGGCCUGACUGUGUUUAAUCUAAAUGAACGCAUUUUGUAGUCAUCUCUUCAUUGUUGGUUGAUCCAUUGAGGAGCCAGGAAACAGCAUUUAUGCUAAAGUUAGUGAACUGUGUUUUCAGGGAUCGGCUGUCAGCCAGUGAUAUGCUUCACGUGCGAAAAGUGAUUGAGCACGUGUAUGAGAAGGUGAUAGGAAAUGAUAAUAGCAAUAACUCAGGUAACCAGGCCGAUAAAGAGCAGGCCGGGCCACCAACCGAGCAACAACUGGAGGAGUUAGGCGCAUUAGCUGAGGCCCGGGUCGAGCUGCUGUGUCAUGAACAGGUGGGUUUUUGAAGGUCUUGAAGAUUCCGUAUUAGUACGUAAGUAACGUAAUCAGACAGACCCGUGCAUGCUGACUUGAAUGACUUAUAGUCAUUCAAACGGUCGGUAGAUCAAAGUCUCUCAGUGAUGAAUUGUUCAAGUCAGCCAGACAUAUUAUUAUCAUAUCUUUAUUUCAGGAAAUCAAUCCGUCACAACCCAGUAAGUCACUAAGCCACUCACUCGCUCACUUUUAUAUCAAUUAAAUUGCAAUGUCUUUGUUUUAGGUAAUUUGUUAUCCUAGUAAAUAGAGAUAUACUGCUAUUCAGUUGUUCGUUUGUUCGUUCUUUCGUUUAUUCAGUUAGUAAGUCAAUCAGUCAAUUUCUUAAUUUAUCAACUCAUCAAAAUUUAAGAGAUUUCAUUGGUUUAUUUCUUGAUCCACCCUUUUGUUAGCCUUCGAACCCAGACGUGUAUCUGUUCGUCACUUUUUUCCACCCAAAAAGCCAGUAGCUCGGGUUCACAGACGUUACUUUUCGGAUAGAGAGAAGCGAAGACCCGAAAUACGUCUGCGUUCGCAGGCUAUUUUUUUGUAAUCUAAAAAUGUCUUCACUCGGCUAUGCUUUUCCUCCUGUUUACCUCUCCUUAAUAUACCUACACUCUGUAUUGUUGUCAGGUUUAGCUGCAUUUUUUCUUUCUUUAUACCAGGUAUUAGAUCCAAACAUGGAUUUGCGAACAGUCCGGCAUUUUAUUUGGAAAGGCGGAGGAGACCUGCUACUACAGUAUCGGAUCAUGAAAUAG